AUGAGCGAGACCAAGAAGCCGUGGGUUGAUGGCCCAUUUACAUUGAUUAGUCCAUCCAAGUCUGGUGACUCGCCUGAUAAGCGAGCUGAAGGAGCUAGGAGAUGUGCCGCGGAAAUGACAGUUGUACAUAACCUUCUACUUCGGGGCGUAAAUGCCAUCUAUCUUCAAGCGGUCAACGUUGCUGCACGAGGAACACAGAAAGACAAAUCAGAUUUCGCCAACUUUGCAUGGUCGUGGAGCCAAGAAGUACUGGAGCACCACAACGUUGAAGAAACACAGAUCUUCCCCGAGAUAAACAGACUCGCUGGAGUACCUGGCCUGAUGGAUGCAAACAUUGAAGAGCACCAUCUAUUUCACACAGGGCUGGAAGUUUUCAGGACAUAUGUCGACAAACUACGCAAAGAAGAAGAGGAGCUAGACGGUGAAAAGCUCAAGAGCCUCAUAGACUCGUUCAUGCCCACUCUGAGAACGCACUUGGAAAACGAAAUCGAUACCCUGGUCGGACUAGAAAAGUACGCCGACAAAUGCGACUGGGGAGCGUGGUUCGACAAGGUGGCAGCUAACCUCGGAGCCCAAGGUAUGAAGAGUGCAUCUCACCGCAACGAGAUGUUGCCUCUGGCUAUGAUCCUUCACGAUAAGACGUUCGAAGGUGGGCUUUGGAGUGCCUUCCCACCGCUUCCUUGGAUCGCCAUGGUGGCAAUCCGUUGGUUGUUUGUCAAAACGAAUCAGGAUUGGUGGAGGUUCGCGGGUUGCGAUUCCACAUCGAUGCCAACCGAGUUGCCGUUUGCUUAG